GUCCAUUGCAAGAUAGCAUAAAAAGAGGAUAUCGUAUCAGUCCAACGUUUUUUUUAAACUAAGAUAAAGUGAUAGGAGAGAAAGGGCGACGUGACCAGCAUUAACCAAUGGUUUUUUACUCUGUUGCUUACCUGUGGUUCACCUGGGUUAAGUAUCUAAACAGUGAUAGAAGAGCUAGCCAAACAGCCUUGAGCUUUUCACCCUCUUGUGACCAUUUUUGUACGAGAUUUUAAUCUAACGAAAAAGGGAAAACUUUUUGGGAAAGAUCGCCCUAGGCCGACGAUUUCUUGGUUUUUUCUGUCCUUUAAGUUUGUAGUUAUUUUCAGAGGAAUAUAAUCUUCCAGACGCCAGUAGUUUCCUGCCUUGAAAGAGAGCUGGGUUUUAAAAUAGUUCAGAAGACUUCGACGACGAGUGAUUGCUACACUGCUGUACAGAAUGAAGCGAAGUAUUCCAAUAAUCGACUUGGCCGACAUAGGACUUGGUAAUACCGAGGAACCUAAGCAAUCAACGAUUGAUCGUGUAUCGAAAGAGCUGGAUGAAGCAUUUGUUAAUAUUGGAUUUGUUUACUUGAAAAAUCACGGAAUCGACAAUCCCACUGUAGAUGCUGUAUUGAGAGCAUCGCAAACAUUUUUCGAACUGCCGGAUAGCUGCAAGGACAUUUACCGUCGUAAUUCAACGCAAUAUGAUGGUUACUCUGGAGUUGACCAGGAAAUAUUAGAAAGCAAAAACUUGCAUGAAGUCCGGGAAGCCUACGAUAUCACUUCACUCGACAGUUUCUUUCCGGACAAACAUCAACCGGAAUUCCGAAAGACUGUCAGUGAACUGGUGCCGAAAUUGUGCAAAUUAUCUCAUCGCUUGCUCCGAUGCCUCGCUGAAGCUUUAGGUUUGGACGAAGAAUAUUUUACUCGAUGUCAUACUAUGAUGUGUCAAGGUAGUGACAAGAAUGCCACCACAUUCCGCACACUUUUCUAUCCAUCCCUAGCUGACGGUGCAAUAAAAGCUGGUGUGGAAAGGUGCGGCCAACACUCAGAUUAUGGGACCUUUACUUUACUCUUUCAAGACGAUAUUGGUGGAUUGGAAGUAUUGUCUGGAGGUGAAUGGAUAGCCGCUACGCCAAUCCCCGGGACCGUUUUGGUAAACGUAGGAGACCUGAUGCAAUUUUGGACGGCUAAUCGUUAUCCUGCAACGAUCCAUCGCGUACGAGUUCCCGAAGAAGAGAUUCGUCGUCGACAACCGCGACAGUCGUUAGCCUUUUUCGUACAUCCGGAUAAUGAUGUAAUGGUCUCUCCUUUAAAUGGAUCCAAAAAUCAUUCUCCAAUUUCAGCUUUGGCCCAUUUAAAUCUUCGAUACUCCCAGACGUAUAAAUACUAGAAUCGUAAUUCUUAAAUAUAUAGAAAUUACAUUUAAAAAACAAUCCAGUUUAUUCGUGAUACAAGGUAAUUUCUUACAUUUCAACAGCCCCAACAUAUAAGUUUUCUUGAUUCAAUUCUUUCACAUAGUGGGGGGCAAUAUUGCAAGGAAAAGUAAGAAAUGUGAUAAUGGUCCAACAAAAAUGUCUACGCAAAUCGAA